AUGUACAUUGUCACUAUCAUCUCCCUUCUCACUUUGACACUCGUUUCCGCGACACCAAUCAAGAAAUUUUCCGGCGUGAAGAUCCAAUCAUAUCGAAAUCGAAGAUGUCUUUCACCUGUUGGACCAGCUGCGGAUGGCACACAAGUCACCACUGUUGAUUGUUCACGAGCUAAAACUUGGGACAUCAACUCUGGCAGUGGUAGUGUAGUUUUACAUGAAAAUCCUGGAUUCGCUCUGGAUGCUGGAACAGGCAGAGACAAUAACGAGAUUGUCAAGAUCUGGACUUCUUAUCCUACCUUGUUCCAACAAACCUGGUUCCUCACUGGUGAUAACCGGAUUGCCGUCACUGGUGGCGAUCAGUGCCUUGACGAGGGUGAUAAUGGUUCUCAGACUUGGAGAUGUACUACUGGAAAUACCAAUCAAAUCUGGUUUGUGGUCCAAGAUGGCAAUCCACCUCCCACCAUCUCAAGCUCUUCGACCUCUGUUCAACCAAGCUCAACUUCCUCUGCCACUCAACCUUCUCAAAGUAGUAACAACAACAACGUAGGUGGUGGUGUCUUCAAAGACCCCUCUAAUACAUCAAGAAGGAUCCAUCCCAACAACCAGAACGCGCUUUGUGUAACAGCAGGUAACGGAAAUCUUGAGCUCACAUACCCAGUCAACAUCGGUCAAUGUUUUGCAAACAACAACACAAUCUCGGUAGCACAGCUGUGGAACCUCGCCGCCGGCUCCAAAUCAGACUACAUCAGAUCGGCAUUCAAACCCGAUCGCUGUUUGGAUGUUGGCUCCAACCCUGGUUCAGGCUCAAGAGUAUUCGUUUCUGACUGUGCGGCAGCUGGCAACAAGGUGACAAAAUGGAACUACGUGGCUGACAAGCUCCAAGUUGACGGUAAAAAUCUCUGUCUCGAUGUCGAGUUGAACUCUGGCAGAACACCUGGUAAACCCAUCGAUACCGAAGCCAAUUUACAAGUAUGGGAAUGUUUCCCUGAUAACACACGACAGAUCUUCACUCUCUAUCCUUUGUAG